AUGGUACUUGGAAGUUGCGAACUUGAUGCAACAGGGGAGAUAGCCAUUGCCAGCACACACAACUUGGGAGGUCGAUUGGCGGGCACAGGGAGGUUGCAGAGGUGGCAGUUUCGUGUCUGGGAUGGGAGCCAGAUACGAAGCCACAGGAAUGAGGGCACUUUCUCUUACGAUUUUGUUUUAAAUGAAGCGAAAGUUGUGAGGCCUGUGCAUCAAGGAAGUCAUCUUGCACUUUGGGUAGAUUUUGCGACCUUGGCGUUGCGAAUCCAAACACCCUCGGUUUGGAGUGGGAGAAAGAUGUCAUAA